AAUAAUAUCAAUUAUAUAUUAUAAUGCAAGGAACCUUUUUAUUUUAUUAUUCAAUUGAAAAUUAUUUGUAAAGUCAUGUAGAUCUAUGCUACAGUGUCCACAUUUUCUUUGUCCUAAUCCUAGAUCCUCAUUUGUCAAACAAAAAAAUCAACCACCUCUUCUUAUGUGUUUGUGAGCUCAAGUUUAAGUUUUAGUUCCAAGAUUUUUACUCUCCCACUGUUCUGUUUCUGGGAAGGUUCUGGGGUGCACCUGCCCUAUGGAUCCCUAAGACAAGACCAAGUUUCUAAAUUUAGUUAGUGUCGAGAUAUCAUUGGGAUUGGAUAAGUUUCUAGAAAUGGAAAGUUCCAAGAACAAUAGAGUGGAAAAGCGAGGGUAUGAGCUAGUUGAGGAGGGUGAUGAUGCACAGCACCAUCUUACUCAGUCAAAGAAACCAAAACUACCCGGUUUAGCCAGUGUAAUUGUGGAAGCUUUAAAGGUGGAUAGUCUGCAGAGACUUUGCUCAUCUUUGGAACCUCUUCUCAGAAAAAUUGUCAGUGAAGAAGUGGAGCGUGCUUUGGCAAAAAUGGGCCAUGCUAAAUUGGCUGAAAGAUCUCCACCACCAAGAUUAGAAGGACCAGGGCCAAAGAAUCUGCAGCUUCAUUUCAGAACAAGAAUGCCACCUCAUUUGUUCACAGGGGGGAAGGUUGAGGGAGAGCAAGGAUCAGCAAUCCAUAUUGUGUUAAUGGAUCCCAACACAGGCAGUGUUGUUCAAGUUGGACCAGAAUCUGUUGCUAAAUUGAAUGUGGUGGUACUUGAAGGUGACUUUAAUGAGGAAGUAGAUGAUGAUUGGACAAAAGAGCACUUUGAAAGCCAUGAAGUAAAGGAACGUGAGGGGAAAAGGCCACUUCUAACUGGAGAUUUGCAGGUUAGCCUAAAGGAAGGGGUAGGAACCUUAGGUGAUCUUACCUUCACAGACAAUUCUAGCUGGAUAAGAAGCAGAAAAUUCCGGCUUGGCAUUAAGGUGGCUUCCGGUUAUUGUGAGGAGAUUCGUAUUCGUGAGGGAAAGACUGAAGCCUUUGCUGUUAAGGAUCAUAGAGGAGAAUUAUACAAGAAACACUAUCCACCAGCUUUGCAUGAUGAGGUUUGGAGAUUGGAUAGGAUAGCCAAGGAUGGAGCACUUCACAAAAAGUUGAUUCAAGCAAAAAUAGUAACAGUAGAAGAUUUCCUACGUCUUCUUGUCCGCGAGCCACAGAAGUUAAGAAGUAUACUUGGUAGUGGAAUGUCCAAUAGAAUGUGGGAGAAUACUGUGGAGCAUGCCAAGACUUGUGUCUUAGGUGGCAAGCUCUUUGUUUACUACACUGAUGAAACUAAUAGCGCUGGCAUUGUGUUCAACAAUAUAUACGAGCUAAGAGGCCUCAUUUCUGAUGGCCAAUUCUACUCUCUGGAAUCGCUUACUCCAAAUCAAAAGAUGUCUGUGGAUUCCUUGGUGAAGAAAGCAUAUGAAAAUUGGGAUCAAGUUAUAGAAUAUGAUGGAAAAUUUUUAACUUCUCUUACUAAUUCGAAAAAGGGAUCAAGAGCUGUAGCUACUCAAAUAAUGCACCAUAACAGUUUCCCAGAGCAGCAGUAUGCCUCUGCAAAGAACAAGGUGUCAUAUGUCUCCUCUGAACCAAAUCAACACUUGCAGAUAACAAAUAACUACUCAUCCAGUCCUGGUUUGACUGAUUAUCCAUUUGUGAGAUCUGAUAGUCAGAUGGUAGGAACAUCUUUAACAGACUCUCAACUAGCAUUGCCUGGCAGUAUGAACUACAUGUCAGGUGAAAAUCAUGAAAUUGGCAGUACUUAUUUUGCCGGCGAUUGGUCGCGGCCAAGAAAUGGACAAGGGUUGGAAGACAUUGUCGCAGAAGAACUCCGUCUCAGGAGUUCAGAGAUGUUGGAGAGUGAUGAUAUGCAGAGGUUACUUAAGACAAUCAAUGCAGGAGUCAACAUGUCAAGUAAUCUUGGUCAUUCUAAUGAGGGUUGUUACACCUAUAGCCUUCAGUAUGAGCCUCAGGUGUAUCAUUCAUUCAGUGAGGAUCAGGGGAAGUCUUCAGGGAAAGCUGUUGUUGGGUGGCUUAAGCUCAAAGCUGCAUUAAGGUGGGGAAUAUUCAUCAGAAAAAAAGCUGCUGAGAGGAGAGCACAGCUCACUGAGUUGAAUUGAGUUAAAGGCUUGAAAGUGGGACAUUUUCAACUCAUUUCAAGCUAAUUAAUAGCUUUUGGAAUGUAACAAAACAAAUCUAUUACAUUGCAUAGAAGACUUUGAGCAAACAGUUGUAAAGAAGUGGCAUUUCAAGGUCGAACUAAUGCAUAAUGUUAAUGUGUCAACAAAUUCAAAGCUGCAACCCAAGACAUGAUUAUGGCUGUAACAAACUAUGCAACAUGCUGAGAUCAAGUAUCAGGCAGCACUGUCUUGUAACAGGCUCUCUUAUUGUGGCAUUCCCCCCCCCCCCCCCCCCC